AUGUCGAAUUACAAAUCAGAUGCAGAAUCUCUCCAGUCAAAGUACAAAGACACAACACCUCCCACGUGCUCGGAAACAUCCCAAAGAAUCAACACAGCCCUCGCGCGCAUCAUCGAGCUUGGAGCUAUUCUAGACCAAUAUUCCUCAGAGCCAGCCAACAAUGGCGGCUUCUUCGGCAAUAGAGACCAGCUCAUGAAGGCAUUUCAAGCAGUCCAGGCUUGUAAUAAGAGUCUCAUAAACAAGGGCGAUAGUGCUCGUCAUACGAUGGUGGACGAAAUUGUGAGUGUGGGUGGAGACUACUGUAGUACUAGCUUGGGGAAGCUAGGAUUUGGGAGCCCUCAAUAG